GUCCACACAUCUUAAAGUUCCCAAGGUUGAGAAACACUGUGUUAUGGUAAUUCAACUGAGAGAUAAGCACAACAUAUAUAUUUAUGCCUGUCCGGGUGUAGCUGAUAGCUGGACUAUCAGCCAGAUAAAAGACUUUUCUAUUUAUUCAUUUAUUUAAAUAAAUUUAUAAGGAUGCCCAACUCUAUAAUGAUCCUAGCCCUGGGGUUAUCUGUCCUUCAGUGAAAAUGUUGGAUCUAGGAGUAUCUCAAUUUUGCAGCUGGCUUCUUCAGUCCACUUCGGAAUGGGUUGGAAAUGAUCUGGGCAUUAUCCAGGCCAAUCAUCCAUGUAUGACAGUUUUUGUAACAGCAAUGUAAAGAGUUGGUUAGCUGCCUUGUUGUCCUCUCUCUCUUUUUUUUUUUUUCAGGUAUCUCCUGAAUGGGUAAUCCUUUCCCAUAGCCCACUGCGACUUUUCCAUCAGUUCCAUGACAAGUGUGUGCUUGUGUGUGGACAGGGUCCUGUGGAAGAGAAUGCCAGGGACUUGGGAUUUCAGCAUGUUCUUACCAUUGAAGACAUUAGGAAAGCAUUUCCCUUGUUGGAUAUGGUUGAUCAAAAGCGGCGGCCUAAAGAACUGCCUCCUCCAACCAUUGACUUUCCCACCAUAGAAGGAAUAAUUCUGUUGGGGGAACCAGUAAGGUGGGAAACUUCUCUUCAGCUGAUUAUUGAUAUACUCUUGAGCAAUGGGAAUCCAGGAGUAGAGUUAGCUUCUGUGCCAUACCCACAUCUACCUAUCCUUGCUUGCAACAUGGACCUCUUGUGGAUGGCAGAGGCCAAGAUGCCAAGGUUUGGCCAUGGCACUUUCCUUGUCUGCUUGGAGAACAUCUACAAGAAGAUGACUGGCAAGGAGCUGAAGUAUGAGGCCCUGUUAGGCAAGCCCAGCACUGUUACUUACCGCUAUGCUGAACAUGUGCUCAAGCAGCAAAUGGAAAGUUGUGGCUGGUCAUCCCCUCUUUGCCAACUAUAUGCUGUUGGGGACAAUCCAAUGGCUGAUAUUUAUGGUGCCAACCUCUACAAUCGCUACCUCCAGACUCAGGCUGAAGUAAAUGUAACUGCUAUGGCUGCAGAGAGAGAGAAACAUCUAGAGAUACAGAGAGAUUGCAGUGUCUCAGUCAGCUCUGCAAAGAGCUGCCACUCUAUACUAGUUUGCACUGGGGUCUACAAUCCUCACGGAGACAUGCCUACUGGCCAGGAGAACAUACUGGAGACUGUAUCCCACGGGCAUCGCGAUUUCCAUUUUGAUCCAAACUUGGUGGAAGCUUCUCAUGUUGUGCAUGAUGUUAAUGAUGCUGUGGAACUUGUAUUUCAAAAAGAGAAUUGGAAACAAGAAUGACCAAUCCAUGCUCAGCAGCACCUGGUGUGGGGAUGCAAGAAAACUUGAUCUUUUUCUUGUUUAACUCAUGCCAAAGUGAAAGAAAAUUCUCCAGUUCUUUUUUUUUUUUUUUUGGUAGGGAUUGUACUAAACAGUUUUUCAAACCCCAAGUCUGUCAACCAGGCAGUUUAAAAUUAAUCUCCUUUGCUAAUGUUGGCUUGGUUACAGAGGUGUAAGGACUUCUUAAUUGAAUGGAUCACUUGGUGAUCCCACCGGAUACCCAUGUGUGAGAUUUUCAAACUUUUCUUUUUGCCUGCAAUACAAUCAGCCAUUGAAUAAUCCCA